UUUGCUUCAUUAUUUUAACAGGUUUCAAACAGAAUAAUAGUUUAUAUCCGUAUAUAUGUAACUUAUAUUGAUAUUUCCUAAAAAAAAUGAUGAAAGUUGUGAUCUUUGUGUGUGUGAUUGGAAUUGCAUUGGCAGGAGUUGCGAAAAAAAACAGAGUAGUCGAACCAAAACCACUAAGUGAUGAAGAGCCAGGAUCAAAAGAGUAUGAUCAUGAGGCUUUUCUGGGAGAGCAGCAAGCUGCGGAAUUUGAUGAACUUCCUCAAGAAGAAAGCCAAAGAAGACUUGGAAUCAUCGCUGACCGCAUUGACUCAAACAAAGAUGGGAAGGUGGAUAAAGAAGAAUUAGCAGCGUGGAUCAAAAAAGCACAAACACGGUAUGUGGAAGAAGAUGCAGCAACUCAAAUCCAAAAUAUGGAUGAAGACAAGGAUGGUCAGAUACAUUGGGAUGAAUAUUAUAAAUCUACAUAUGGCCAUGUUACUGAGGAUGAUAUGAAGGAGGAUGAAGAAAAUCAUGGAUUUAGCUAUAAAAAGAUGAUUGCUAGAGAUGAAAAAAGAUGGAAGGUUGCUAAUCUUGAUAAUAACGAUUACCUGAGUGUAGAAGAAUUCCAAUCGUUUUUGCAUCCUGAAGAGUUUUCUCAUAUGAGAGAUGUUGUUCUUGAUGAAACUUUCACUGACAUUGAUAAGAAUGGAGAUGGUUCUAUCAGUUUAGAAGAAUAUAUCGGUGACAUGUAUAAUGAGGAGGAAGAUGGUGAAGAACCUGAAUGGGUUAAAACAGAGAGAGAACAAUUUGUUGCACAUAGAGAUGCAGAUAAAGACGGAAAGUUAAACAAAGAAGAAGUUCGAUCGUGGAUUCUACCUGAUGGGUAUGAUGCUGUCGAAGCUGAAACCAGUCAUCUAAUGUACGAAGCAGAUUCUGACAAGGAUGAAGUUUUAACAAAAGAGGAGAUUCUUGAACAUCAUGAAACGUUCGUAGGAUCGCAAGUCACCAACUGGGGAGAUGAUUUGAAACGCCACGAUGAAUUUUAAGGAAGUUAUAUAAUAUGAAUAUGACUGUUAGGUUAUUUCAAAUGCUUAGGUUGUAUCAAACGCUCGCCAUAUUAGGCUAUAAAAAAAAAAGCAAUACCGGGUUACAAAAUGAUAUUAACGCUCUUGUACUUUGAUCUGUAGGAAGCAAUGAACGGAACUUGAUGAUUUAUCAAAUUUUAAUAUCAUGAGUAAUUAUAUAACAUUUUUUUUUGAAAUAGUAUAUAAUGCAAAAAAUGAUGCUUCCAAUUUUCAAAACCUUUAGUAAUUCUUACGAUUCGAAUAGUGCCAGAAUGGCAAAUAUUGUAACAUUUUUAAAUAUCUAAAGUGCUUUCACAUAGUUAAAGAGUGCCUUUUUCAAAAAUAAUUGAAAUUUUAGACUGUAACUCAAACAAUGAUGUACUACGAAAAGCUGUUAUGAAUUUGUAGCAAAUAAAUUUAAUUUCAUUAUCAAAUAUAAUUUGAUUUUCUUAUGGUGCCUCGUUUUAAUUAAAGCACAUUUUAGCGAAGUUAUUUGAAUCGUUUGAAAAUCUUGCAUGCUGAAUCGUUUGAAAAUCUUGCAUGCUUUUGUAUUUAAUCAUAUCAAAGAUUUCUUUCAUUAUUGAAGCUCAAUGCUGUGAUUGUAGCAAUCUUGUUUUCGAUGAAUACUCGCCAUUGUACUCUUGUGUGAAGUUGAAUGGGAUUUUAUAGUUAGCCAAGAGUCAAUUGAUGCAAUUACCGGUAAUCAUUUUUGUUUUGUCUUAAAAUUAUGAAAGCACAAUCUUGAUUUGGUUUCAUAUUAAAAUAGUUUUUCAAAUUUUAAGUUUUCAAAAUUUUACACAACUUGUACUUUAUGUUGCAUAGUGUUUGAGAUUAUUUUAUACAACUUUUGGAGGGAAUUUCUGUAUACUGCCUGAAAUAAAAAUCUGAAGCAAUUUUUUUUCUCUAAUUUUGUAAAACUGCUCUGAAUAUUCUUUAGUUAUAAAUUUGCAGAAAGAUAGGAAAUUUAGCUUAUGUGACAAAUUCCAUAUUCAAUUUGCUCCUUAGGUAUUAUGGCUACCAAUCAGAAUCUUGUUUGUUUGAAGGGUGUGAAACCCUCGUUAGUAAAGUAAUUUAAAUUUUUGCUGUUUGAUUUGGAUUUCCUUCAUUCAAUGAUUGCUCUAUUUUUUUAUCAUUUAAAAUAAAUAAAUUUAGUUCAUAAUAUCUGAAUAUUUACAAAAUAGAAAAAAGUUUGUUCGACCAUAUUUAGGAUUCUCCUGAUUUCGGAUGUCAAAUUUAGUAUAGUCAAUCUAUUUAAAUGAUAUUACAUAAUAUGUGCUUUGUAUUAUUAUCUAUGUACUAAUUGCAGUGUUAUGCUUCUAAAUUGCCAGUCUAAGUGCCACAUUUAUGAGGUAGCCAUGUUAUGGCCUGUUUCCUUGUUUCAGUUAUUUCACAUUUUUAUAUGUUGGGUUGCAAUAUGCAAUGACGGGAUUUGGUUUCAAGUUGCAAAGUUAUUUCAAAUAUUUAUGUGUGCUCUCAAAUAUAUAAGUAAUGUUGCAAAAGGUUUUUAUUCAAUUCCUAUAAUAUUAUCUUCUGUAUCAAGUAAUAUGUGGAUCAAAUCCAAACCUAACGUAAGAAAUUCUGUAUUGUAUUUUCAGUGAUCUCCUACUUAUUCAUCCAUACCGGCUUGAAUGUUUUUUCUACACAAUUUGAGUUAUGUGCAUGUUUACCUUUGUUUUUUGUAUUAUGUCCCAGAAACUUAUAAUGAUGUUACACACAAGCGAUAGAGGAAUGCUCAUUGCCCAAUGAAUUCUUUGUUAAUCAUUGCUCCAUGCUUGACAAUUUCGAAAAAACCAAUUAUUACAAUAUUUUUGACUUUAUAUUACAG